AUGUCUAAUAGAGUUAUAAAAGAAACAGAUUCAAUCAUGUUUGGCUUUAACAAUAAUAAUAAUAAUAACAAUAGUAGUGGUAGUAGUAAUGAUAAUAAUUAUGACGAACAAUUUGAUGAAGAUGAUAAUGAAGUAAAUGAAGAGGUGUGGGAUGACACUUCACUUAUAAGUGCAUAUGAUCAAGCGAUUAAAGAUUAUAUUAACUCACAUAGCCUAUACUCUGAUAAACCAAAGUCAGUAGUUGCGAAUAACAAAAACAGCACUGAAACUAAAUCUACGACUACAUCAACAACGACAUCAACCAAACAAAAUUCAAAUAAACCUUCAAAUAUAAAACAACAACAGCAACAGCAACAACAAAAGUUACAAGAACAGAAACUUCCACAACAACAACAAAAUGGAGUAACAAUUAAAAAGAAAAAGUCAAGCAAUAGUAGAAAUAAUAGUAAUACCAAUAGUAAUUCAAUGUUGAUAGACGAACAACAACAACAACAGAAUACACAUCAAUACUAUCAACAACAACAACAAUAUUAUAGUCAACAACCAGCAUAUUACCAUCAUCAAGCAUAUUCAUAUCAACCAUAUGUAAAACAUCCAUAUCCAGCACAGCAAUACCAACAAAAUGAAUACGCAUGCACUCAACAUCAAACAUCACUACCGCCACCACCACCAUUCCCUCCUUUACCACCAAAUCUAGAGAUGAACGACGAACUAGGUGAUCUCCUACUAAGUUGGUACUACAGUGGAUAUUAUACUGGAAUCUAUCAAGAGAGAAAGAGACAACGUGGUGAAGCAGCUGCUUCUAAUCAUCAUAUGAACCAAUAG